AUGAGUCAACAAAAACCGCUGUCCCCAAAGAACAAGGACUUCCUCACUGACUUGAUGAUGUCGGAGGUGGAUCGCUGCGGGGAGAACGAGCACCUCAUCUUCAGAGAGAACACACUCGCGACCAAGGCCAUCGAGGAAUACCUGAAACUGGUGGGACAGAAGUACCUGCAGGACGCCCUGGGUGAGUUCAUCAAGGCUCUGUAUGAGUCAGAUGAGAACUGUGAGGUGGAUCCGUCCAGAUGUUCCUCAGGCGACCUGCAGGAGCACCAGAGUAACCUGAAGAUGUGCUGCGAGCUGGCCUUCUGCAAAAUCAUCAACUCAUACUGUGUAUUUCCAAGGGAGCUGAAAGAGGUGUUUGCGUCGUGGCGUCAGGAGUGCAGCAACAGGGGUCGCCCGGACAUCAGCGAGCGUCUCAUCAGCGCCUCCUUGUUUCUGCGGUUCCUCUGUCCAGCUAUCAUGUCCCCCUCGCUGUUCAAUCUGAUGCAGGAGUAUCCAGACGACCGCACAGCACGCACGCUCACACUCAUCGCUAAAGUCACACAAAACCUGGCCAACUUCACCAAAUUUGGCAACAAGGAAGAGUACAUGUCCUUCAUGAACCAGUUCCUGGAGCACGAGUGGACCAACAUGCAGCGCUUCCUGCUGGAAAUCUCAAACCCAGAGACCAUCUCCAACACGGCGGGCUUCGAGGGGUACAUCGACCUGGGCAGGGAGCUCUCCACCCUGCACUCCCUCCUCUCUGAGGUGGUGUUCCAGAUGGACCAGAGCGUAGCCUCCAAGCUGGGUCCUCUGCCCAGGAUCCUGCGGGAGGUGAACUCGGCUCUAUCCAACCCGUCCUGCGUCCAGAUGACCCCCGGACCCUCCUCAGAGCUCUCAGGCUCGCCCCCCCCUGAGGCCGGCUGCAGCAUCUCCACCGGCCUGCAGAAGAUGGUCAUAGACAACGAGCUUUCAGGAUUAGUAGACUUCACCCGGUUACCCUCCCCCACCCCGGAGAAUAAGGACCUGUUCUUUGUGACACGGAGCUCAGGGAUCCAGCCAUCCCCAGCACGCAGCUCCAGCUACUCCGAGACCAAUGAACCCGACCUGGGAAUGGCCAACGGCAGCAAGAGCCUGUCCAUGGUGGACCUCCAGGACCCCCGCAGUCUGGAGGGGGGGCCAGGUCCCAGCUCCUCGGAGGCCCUGAGUGAAGGUGUAAGCUCUUUGGGGGUGUGGUCCGCCAGAGCCCCACAAGGAAACAUCCCGGGGGGUCCCACUCUGAGGAGGUCCGGCCAGACCCCCCCCACCCUGGCAACAGAGAGCACCCCCGGCCGACCCGCCCAGCUCCUAGCCCCCCUCUCCUUCCAGAACCCUGUGUACCAGAUGGCGGCGUGCCUACCUGUGUCCCCCCGGGGGAUGAACGACUCAGGGUCAGAGUGCCAAAGCUCUGUCAGUUCCCAUAGCAACAACGAGGAUGGGCCCGCGGGAGGGAAGCACUCUUUCUUGAAUCACGGUGGAGGUGGGGGAGGGAGCAGCGGGGACGAGUACACCCGGCGCUCAGGGGAGUUUAACCGCCGACAGCUGUCCCUCACAGAGCAGCAGCACCAGCCCACCGUGCCCAGACAGAACAGCGCCGGCCCCCAGCGGAGGAUAGACCAGCCCCCGCCUCAGAGCAUCACUCGGGGCCGCACCCCCCCGAACCUCCUCACCAGUGGACCCUACCCCCGGCCCUCCUCUGGAAACUUGAUGACCAACUCACCGGACUGGCCUGGCAGCGGAGCGCGGUUACGGCAGCAGUCCUCCUCCUCUAAAGGGGACAGUCCGGAGACCAAGCAGAGGGGGCCACACAAACAGGCCCCCUCCCCAGUGAUCCCCAGUGCGCUGGACCGCACAGCAGCCUGGCUUUUGAAUAUGAAUGUGCAGUUUUUAGACCAUGAGGGGAUGGAGCCCGAGUCACUGAGAAACAGAGAGGAUCUGACUCAGGUGGAGAAGUACCAGCAGGAGAUCCUGGUGCUGCAGGAGAGCUGA